CCCUAUCCCGGGGUGGGACAGCGCCAACAAAUCAAAACAGACUUUGAGGAUCCAACCACUGAGGAUUAAACCGCCACGACCCUCAGAAGUCACCAUCAGUCUCUCUCUAGCUUUCCACCCGUCCACUAGUCCUGUUGGUUGAUGGAGGCAAGGAUAAUGAUGGGUGAGACGGAUGACUCCAGCAGCAUGGAGUCCGGGACCUAUCCGGCUUCAAUCCGGGCAGCCGUGAGUAGGGUGCUUCAAGGAUAUGACUGGAGUGUGGUGCCGGCACCUGUUAGGAAUGGUUCCGGUGGAUCGGGUAGUGGAGAUAGAAGAAAACCGUAUGUGAAGAGGCCCAUGAAUGCCUUUAUGGUGUGGGCCCAGGCUGCUAGAAGGAAAUUGGCAGAUCAAUACCCACACUUACAUAAUGCCGAAUUGAGCAAGACGCUCGGAAAAUUGUGGAGGUUACUCAAUGAAGAAGACAAACGGCCGUUUAUCGAAGAGGCUGAAAGGCUUCGUCUUAUCCAUAAGAGGGAACACCCUGAUUACAAAUACCAACCCAGAAGAAAGAAGGCAACAAAAUCUGGCAAUGAAAAGCCCCCACAACCUGCUGGUCAGGCUAACACGACAAUUGUAUUCAGAUCUCUGAAGUAUAGUGAUUCCUCCGAUUCCGGUUCUGUGAAAAUGGAGAGCGGGUCCGGAAACCCCUCGAGUCCACCCACGCCACCUUCCAGCCCUCCUCUGCAGACGCUCACCACCCUCAACAGAAGGCUCAAAACAGAUGGCAACACUUAUGAACCACCAAUCGACUUCAGCUAUGUAGAUGUCGGUCAGCUCACUAGAGAGGCUAUGGACAAUUUAGAUGAAUCUGAGCUUGACCAGUACCUCCCACCUGCCAAUGUAAGGCAAUAUGCUGGACUUUUGCCUCCCCUUAUAGAUGAUUUCGGGGGACCCUACCCAGUAAACACGGCUUCGUAUGUGGGCAAUGGAAGCCUUGUUGAUGAAAACUGGACUUGCUUCUAAAAGAAUCCAGGAGAAACAGUUUGACGAGUAUUUAGUCGGUGUCCGUGGGAAAUUGAUUGAGAUUUAUGUAAAAAGCCAAGAAUGAACUUGGGCUUUUCUGUAAAUACAAAUUUUUAUUUAAUUUUAAAGAAAUGUUUAUUGUUAGAUAACGUGGUAGAAAUGACAAAAUUAAAAAAUGGCGCUUGCCAUAAGUUAUUUGAAUUUUUUAAUUAUGCCAAAGAUAUUAUUUAACACUGACUGAAUCCCUUUUAUGAUAAAAAAAAGUAUUAUCCUCGGAAUUUUAAAGUAUAUCAUAAUUAAUUUAUGGCUUGAAAUAUAUAAUUUUUCAUAUAUAUUGUGUAACAGUCAAUCGAGCACAUUUCUCGUAAAUCGUACGAAUUUACUCAAUUUUGAAAUUAAAAUAGUAAUCGUACAGUAAAAAAAAUUAUAUCAAAAGCAAUAUAACUUUAAAUUUCAUUAAAAAAAAAGGACAUAGAAAAUGUCUGUAAUGGAUGAAAAUAUAAGGUAGGAAAUAGAACGUCAGAUGAAAUACUGAAAUGCAUCAAAGGAUUAAAUUCUUUCUAGUCAUCAACAUUAACAAGUUUUCUUUUCAAAAUAAUUAAUAUACUUUAACAUUAAAAACAUAUUUAAAUAUAAAAAACACUAUCGACAAAAUGACGAAUCUUUAAAAUAGACUUUUAGAGCGAUAGAACUCUUUUAUCAGGCGCAAGCUCAUUAUACAACAAAUGAAAUGUUCGCAUGCAGCUAAUAAAGCUUAGAACAUCUGCAUUACCAAUUCUACGCAAGCUGUUAAACAACAACAAAAAAAAACAUCUGCUUACUACUGUUCGAAUUCCAGCGGUUUGUUAUUCAGUCAGUGUUUAACUAUGUAUAUAAGAACGAGGAAAUCAGUUGCAUCUUUAUAUAAAAAAAAGUUGAAAUAUUUUUCCCACAUUAAUCGGGACACCGAAAAAAUAUCUCGCUAUAUGACACUGGUGCAAUGUUUUUUUUUAUACAACGGACUCAUCUCAUGGUUCUCAACAGCUGUGCUGUAACAGAAAUCAUGAUGGAAAUUAUCAUUUGUCUCAUAUGGACGUUUAAUCGCAUGCUACGGAAAAAAUUAUCACUGUUCAUAUUUUGAUAUAUGAUAUUUUACACAUUUUUAUCGGUACUUACCAUAUGUAGCAAAUAUUUUGUAUCUUCUUUUUUAUUUGUAUUCUGUUUCGAAGCCUGGUGCUCAUGGAACAAUAAAAUAUGUUAUAUUCUUA